AUGUUUCUGAUAGUUCUAACACUUAGCUGGAGCCCGAAUCUUAUUAGUUUCAGAUUAUGUUUCUGCACGAAUAAUUCGUUUCAGAUGUUUGGAGAGAAAAUUGGCCCUGGUAGUUGUUUCCGUAUCUCAAGUUUAUUCCCUUUAUUCCCCAAUCUGCAAGGCUGCAAUUGUCUACUUCUUUUUUCAACCUUACAUUUGGUAAAUUUGCAACUAUAUAUAGCGUCUGUAAACCGUUGCAACUAUAGGUUUUGUGCAGCACCUUUUGAUUUUCAUCAUUUGGUAAGUAGUUUAUUCGGCUUGCUAAAUCUUGUGAAAUAUUCAAAAUCGGUUGUUGGACAACCGUGCAACUUGUUUCAAAUUAUCAAAUUAGUUCGGAGCGUGAUUUUUAUGUUUGCAAUGGGAUUUUGA